AUCACCACCGUUUGCUCAGUUCCAUUGAGUCUGCGAGGGCAAACAAUGGACGCAAGUGUCGAGCUGAGGUGUCGUUGCUCUGGAUUACACCAGCUGAAACAGUGAAGUGAUAUUCGGAUUUUGUCGAUACUACACUAGUCUUACAUCAGCAAUUUGAGGGUUUACAAUGUCCAUUUGUCUUGGGUUGUCAGGUGCUCGGUGAGCACAAGUAUUGAGGAGAUACCACGCCAGGGGCAGACCUUUAUUUUCAGUGUCCUUCCUACGGCAGCAAUGCGCAUCCGUCUCAACCGCAUAUGCUUUCUGUGUAUAUAAGGACGUCGCAACUCUCGAAUAUUCUCACAUCUUUGACAGGAAACCCAACAUUUCUCCUACUGCACCUGCCAUCACCAGACAGCCUCACAACAUGCACCUCUCUGCUAGUAUCAUCACUCUUUUGGGAAUUGGCUCCGCUGUGGCGCAACGCCGAGUCUGUCCUGACGCAAACGGCCUCCUCUACAUAGCCAGCAACAAUGGUCGCUAUCUAAUCGAGUGCGAGAUUGAGUAUUGGACUCCAAUCAACCUACACUCUUCGGAGACCGGAGGCCCGCUCGAGUGCGCCGAUGAAUGUGAUCUGUGGACCAUGUAUUACCCAGGAAAUCCUUGCGGUGCGGGCAGCUGGGAGAAGUCGACCAGCGUGUGCUACCUGAAGCCGGGCGAUCUCAGCAACUCUGAGACUAGGAACAACACGAAUGUCAUCUCGCUUGCUCUGGCGUCCCUCAACGGGUGCCGGUAUUGGUUUCAAGAUAUGAACAAGACGCCACAGCCGCGACUCCUCCCAAGACCUUCCGAUAACCAUCCAUUCAUCCCGUCCCUUAACCUCUAUGACUUCCUCGGCCCUCUUGACGAGAUGAGCGCCGACAACGGGCCGAAGCUGCGCCGCAUCGCCGCUGUCCACCUCGGCCUUGUUCCUGACGAAGGCCAGGGGCCAUAUUUCUACCUUCUACGCACGUAUUACGGGGGCGGCGCCGAUGAUGCUGCCAAGUUGCGCAGCUGGCUGGACGAGGAUCUGAACAACUCAGAGAUCGAGGCCGUGUAUAACGUGUUCCACGAGUUGGCCGCGCCCGAACCGGAUCGCCGUUGUACCGAAAGCAUGUUGAGUCGGCGCAGAACCGAGCGAAGAGGCCUCAUCAAGAAUGGCACCGACGAGUCUGAGGAUGAACACUAUGCGGACGCCAUCAGGCAGGUUGUGGCGUUGGGCGGGCCGCCGUGGCUUAUUUCACAGGAUGAGACGGCCUUCGAAACGGAGGAGUUGGGCCUGAUAUUCCAGGAUAUGAAGGGGAACCCGUGGGAGGAGGCCAUGACGUACGAGGGAUGGUGGGAGCAUUCCAAUGCGCCCAAGGAGUAUAGGAUCCGGGGCAAAAUCAUGGGCCGGUUGUUUCCGGUGUUAAGGGCAGGUCGUCAGACGCUGGUAGCGUCUGACCCUCACACUGCUCGCGGCGAUAUUUUGGCUGGGCCGCAUCCUAUACAAGGGCCGACGCCAUUAUCUGAGCGUCAUUGUCGCCGCAGCUGCGGAUCUGACGAAACCGGCGACUCGACGUAUGGUUGUGGACGCCCGACGACAGCAAGAUAUUGUUGGGACUGCAAGGAAUCCGGGUACCGGGAACGUGGAGGGACGAUAGAGCUGUAAUGAACCGCUCCUCUGAACCAUCAAUUCGUGGGGAUUGGGUAGUGACUACAGCCGAUCAAGGCCCGGCUUGGAGAAGGCCGGGGUUGGACUAUUCGGGCUCACAUGCACCUGCCGGUUCAAUCAGAGAUGAGGACGCCACGUUCCUUGUUCCUAUUGACUAGUCAGCA